CUGUAUAUAUAAAAAAAGUUUUACACUGUUUUGUAUAUUCAACAAGAAACAUAUCACACAGACAAGGACGUCUGUGAUAAUUCUUGCCAUCCAAUUAUGUUUGCUUGUCAACUAUCUCUCCUGGUCAAUUAAGUUGUGUAUGUUUAGGUGUUUAGCACUUAAGUCCACUUUACAUGUAUACUUAAUACACGUCCAAGUUUGACGAGUGCUAAUUUCACUCAACAACUUUUUUUAAAGUGUAGUAGACAUUACAGAUCAUCAUAGUCUAGCCCAUAACGGAUGACUGUUUUAGCAUGUAUAAAGUAGAAUAUAAAACAUACAUCAUCUUAACAAACAUUAUUAGAAUUAGAAUAAUUGUUCAUUACGCUGUUUAAACUAAAAUAUGUAUCUAAUUUAGCAAUAUACUGCAAAGGGGCCAAUGGUCUGACUGAUCUAAUUGGCAGACAACAUGUAGAGCCAUUUUCGUAGACACAGAUUAGGCCUAACCUAGUCCUGGAAGAAGCAUGACAACCUGCAGGCAGUGGUUUCCCAAAAGCUUGGAUUGCUCAACCCUAGGUUUUCCUAUAAGAACAAGACAGACUAUAAAACAGAGGUGGUUCUCAGAGUUGGAAUCAGACAUGAAGAUGAAGGCUCUGGUGAGAUCUCUCCUCUUGCUCGCUGUGGCUAACCUGCUGGUCAGAGGUCAGACCCAGACUGAGACCAGGUAUGAAGACAUCAUCACAGCUGCUUCAAAUCAGCUGCUGCCUGUGGAAGAGCAGGCUUUCCAUCCGCUUCUGAACCAGCUAGAAGUCGAGACUUUGAAUACAGAGGAUGUGGACCAGUCUGAGGUGUCUGUAAGGUUGAGCUUCCCCCUGCAGGAGACGCUCUGCAGUAAGGCACAGGGGCAGCAAGGCCAACCAUGCCCUCUGAAGAAAAAUGGGAAACGAAUGAUGUGCAGCAUGGAGGUCAGACAUCCGAUUCUGGAGAUUGGCAACACCCUCAACACUGACCGGUCUGACAUUUCUUGUGAAUACAUGGAGGCAGAAGUUAAGAUUCGGACAAGAAGAGGCAAGGACAGCGGAGGCCCUAAGAUGGGUAGAAAAGAUUCCAAGGGGGGUUGGAGAGGUCGUCCUGGGAGUGGCUCUCGUCCUGGGUUUGGCUCCGGCAUUGCUGGAGCUAGCGGAGUAAACCAUGUUGAAACUCUCACUGCAUAGAACAGCACAACACACCCUUUGGAUAACUGCAAGAUAUCUCCCCAAUCAAAGAAACUUCAAAAGCACUCAAAAGUUGUGGUUAAUGGGUGAACAUGAAACCUUGAGCUUCUUUAAAAAAAUGCUUCUGGUAACUCUUUUGUCUACAUUAUGAAUUGUUUUGUAUUUUGUAGCUAUCAUUGUUUGUAAUAAUGUACCUAUUCUUACAUGCCAAUCUUUGAAUUUUAACUACCGAAAAUUAUUUCCAGUUCAUGUUUACUGCACUAAUAAACUGCAAAAUAAGUUUUCAAAAGACACUGUGUGUAAAAUAUGUAAUUUCAUGGCAGUUUAGGAAGUUUUUGAGAGCUCUACGUUUUUCGUUUUUGUGUUUAUUGUUCUUUAAAAAAAGAUAAUUUCUCUGUUGUUCUGUUAGGCCGACAGUUUAGACUUUGCUGAAACAUGUCGGGAUGGUUUCCUGGACACAGAUUGAGUUAAGAGCAGUGACCUAUCAUUCAGGGCAGGUGGGGGCAGAGCCCCACAUUUUUAGCCAGACAUUUGCCUGUUUUGCAUGUUAUUUUGGCAUUAAUACGUGUCACAUAUCAGUUUGCCAACAAUGUAAAAAAUAUAUAUAUU